GGAUAGCGGGCAAAGGGGGUGUCAGGACAGUAAGCGAGCAACACAAAGCAGUGUCAACAAAGCAGGGAAUGACGGAGGGACGGCAAAUCGCCAGGCCUUCCUUGCUCCCCUGGCACCCUGCACCUCUGUAUUGCAACACGCAAGGGCACGUAAUGUAGGGACCUUGACUGCAAGCCGGAGUUACAAGGACAGGACAAUAUAUAUCUUUGACAAGUUUGAAGGAUGAGUCGGGCUGAAAAUGAAGCGUACUGGGGAUCAACGGACACGGCGCCGUCAGCGCUGGACAACUUCUUCGACGAAGACUGUGAAGUGACAUGGACAGGCAUCACUGCAGAGUUCACAAGGUCUCCACAGUCUAGGCAUUCCAAGACCACCCCUGAUGGCAACAGCAGCAGCACCUCCAGCAUUGUUGACAACAUCACAGUGCACUCUGUGUCUGACUGGAAUUAUGCAGUUGAAGUGAAGGGAGGGCGAAGUAACACCAGCAGCAGCAGCAGCCAGUCUGUGUCAGGAGUGGGCAAGGUUAUUGGUGAGAAGCUGGACUCCUGGAAACCUCCCUCUGUCUCCAUCAAGUGGAACUCCUCACAAGGACAAGGCAGUGGUCCCUGUGUACAAUGUGCUGCAAAAGACACUGAAAUAGUACAGCUAAAGAAGAGAUUAGAGAAUUCGUAUUCCCGUUACAACUUGACACUGCCACCAGACGACACUGUCAACAGAAUCCUCCUUGGCCAGCCGUACUCGCUGGAAAGUUACCGCAGCCUUGAGGACAAGCUUGCCCUGCUGGACACUGCUCUCGGCACAAUGGAUGGGAGUGCAGUAAUGGCAACCAUCUUACAUCUCAAAAAAACUGUCAAGAAAACCAUCUUUAUUACGGAGAUGCAAGCAAGGCCGCAAGCAUGUAAUCUGUUCACCAACUACUUGAGGAAGCGACACAAGUAUUCGGAGGCAAUUGAAUUUCUAGGGUCACUUGGGAAACCAGAAGAGGCUGCAAUCCUCUCAUAUGAGUUGGCCCUCACUGGCAAGACUCCUGAGGCAAAGAUGAAAAAUAUGGAGAAAUCUUUGGAGACUCACUUUGCAGUCCCUUCAGUUUCAUUUGAAGCUAAAAUGGUGAAGAAUCAUAUGAAACUAUUAGGGAGACAGCUGGCCAUAGAUGAAGCAGACAGUAAGGACCAAACUAAUCCUAUGCUGCUGAAAUACCCGAGGGCUGCCAAUGUUGUGGACAAGUCUCUUCUGACAACACUCUUCUACUGCUGCAUGUACCACUGGGAGGCUGGGGAAACCCACAUAGGGAGUCCGCUGGCCCUGAGGAAGGCACAUGACCUUUCGGAUCGAGAGCUGCUUUGGACGGCACUGAAGGGACGAGCGAGAGUGAAUCACUGGCCGCUGCCUUCUGAGCUUGACUCCUGGCUAGGCAGCAAAGGUCUGCUUGGUGCAUUGGGAUCACUCAGCUCAGCCUUUGGUAGCUCAGGCAAGAUACUCCCCAAAGGAAUCAAAGCCACUCUUCCCAUGGAGGUGGUGGUCCACACACUCCACAGUAGCAGGGCGCCUUCCAAUGUGUUGGCUGUGUACAUUGGCUUAGUGGACAACCUGGAAUCUCGCCUCAAGCUGGCGCACAACUACAAGUGUCACCAAGCAGUCAUUGAUGUGCACGUGGCUCAGAAGGACAGGAGUGCUCUGGAGCAGUACAUGAAGGAGAUCCCUUCUGGCUCCCCUGAAUACCUGAAGGCUGAGAGUGCACUGAAGAUGGUGAAGUGGAAGAACUAGGAGGCUCAAACCAGUCAUCCUGGCAGGCAUUGUGGUGCUGCAGGUGCUGUGGUGGGCAGCACCCCACCUACACAAGGAGGCAAUCAAUCAUUAAGCAUUUAGUGAAAUAUAUAGGAAUUAUUAUACACACUUAUGAAGUUUUUCAUAUAUUUGAUAUCAUACCUUCACUCAGUUUACACAGUUCUCUAAUUAUUUUGUUAUCCAGUUUGUGCUGUGUUGGUUUAUAUAGUGUCCAGGAAAGUUGGGCAGUCACUAUUUUUGUCUGCAUGAAGGCUUGAAAAUGAUAUAUAAAAAGAGAAAGCCCACUCAUGACAUAAAAGGUUCUAUAUUUGUAUCAACACAUAAUCACUUCACUGAUGCUGCUUUCUUUGUGCAAUGUGAGAGUGUAUUGGGACAGAGGCAGGAGUCAGAUAUACAUGGUGGUUAACAUUGAGGGGCUGUAUUCUCUGUUGCAAUGCCUUGGCUUCAUUACUUUUAGCAGGCUCCAGUGGAAGAUGUCAGGGUUCUCAAGGGUGUUUUUAUGAUUCUUGUGAUAGUUUAACAAAGACUGCAACAGUGAUAAAAAAAAAGAAAAAAAACACUUGUGAGAACCAAGGUAGUCAUUCCUGUGGCUUUUCAAAAUGGUCUUAAAUGACAAAAAAAAAUAUAUAAGGAAAAGAAUAACAUUAUUGGGAGAUAAAGGUGGUUAAAGAAAUGAGUAUUAUACUUAAGUGGGUGCAUUGCAAUGUGGCUCAGGUGUACCACUAAAAAUAUCUGUCUGUGUUCUUGUUAUAUAGUGUUUAAAAAAAGAAAUAGAAUAUAUGAACUUGCUUUGUUA